UUUAGCUUCCCCAUCCUUUCACUCAAUUUCCAGUAUUUAAUUUUGGAGGUAUAUAAAUUCGAGAUUCGGCUGGGUAAAGUAUUAACCCUCCAUAAUUUACUCUUUCCUGUCUUACAACUUGAUCUUUUAAAGCAUUUAGAAAAAUUUUAUUCGUUUAAUUUGUAAAACAAAGUUUUAAAGAAUUAUUUUUAAAAUAAAAGAUAUCUAAACACAUUUAAAACAAUAAAUAAAAGAAAACUUAUUUUGAUAUUCAUUAUAUUAUUCAUUGGCUAUUAAAAACAUUUUAUAUAUUACUAAUACUUUUACUUUAUCUUGUUCUAAUCAAUAUAAAAUAUUUUCAAAAUAAAUUUAUAAAAUACUUGAAAUAUUUACAAAUUUCUAAUUUGUGUAAUUAAAUCAACUUCAAGCAAUUAAGUAUUAACAAUCAACCCACGACAGGUUAAUACAUUCAAAUAAUUUUUAUUAGCUUAAUUACUAGUUAAUUAUUAAUUAGUCAACAAAUUAAUUUAUUUUAUGCUUUGAUAGAAUUGUUCAAAUUCACAACAAAAAUUAAAAUAUAAAGAAUGUCAUUAUUACCCAAUAUAACAAAUAAUAGUCAUCAAAAAGAACUAAAUUUUGUUGGUAAAGUAAAAAGAAAAUUUUUUGGAAGAGAAGAUUUGGAAAUGUUAAGAAAAGCUCAACAAACGAGUCCAAAUAAAGAGAAAAUUAAUAGAUAUUCUUCAAAUUCUGACAAUUCUUCUAAUCAACAACAAAUAUUAAUUCCGAUAGAAAAAAUUUCUUUAUGUAAAGAAAUUGGAAAUGGUGAAUUUGGAGAAGUCUAUCAAGCUAUUUGGCACAGAGAAGAGGAGGAGUCUAUCCAAAAUGUUAUUCAAAUGUUUGGUGUUGUACUUGAUAUAAAGGCUAUAAUGAUUGUGUCAGAAUUGGCAUCUUGUGGUUCUUUGUUGGAAUGUCUUAAAUCUAAAGCUUGGCAUCCCUCACUUUCUGUUGAUGUUUUGUGUGAUUUUGCUCUUCAAAUUUCAAAUGGAAUGAAAUAUUUAAGUUCGCAACGUUUAAUUCAUAGAGAUUUGGCUGCAAGAAAUAUUCUUGUUCAUUCACCUUCUAAGGUAAAAAUUUCUGAUUUUGGUUUAAGCCGUUCUUUGGGUUAUGGUGAAGAGUAUUACCGUUCUGAAUUUAAUCUUUCAAUGAAAUUACCAAUUGCUUGGUGUGCACCUGAAUGUAUUAAUUUCCUUUGUUUUACUUCAGCUUCAGAUGUCUGGGCGUAUGGAGUUUUUCUUUGGGAAGUUUUUACUUAUGGGCAAACACCUUGGGAAGGAAUAAGUGGAUCACAGAUACUUUAUGCAGUAGAUACUCAGCGAUUAAAAUUAGAAAAGCCAAAAUUCUGUCCUUCAGGAAUUUACAAUUUAAUGUUGAAAUGUUGGGAAUGGGCUGCUGAGAAAAGGCCAACAUUCGAGAAUAUUUGUAAUGAAUUACCAACUUUAAUGCCUCCAUUAUUGGUCACUGUGAUAGAUUGUAGACAUAAAUCUUUGAAGGAAAAUAUCAAUUAUUUAAAUUAUGAAAAGGGAGAAACAAUUAUUUUAUUGGAUAAAAGCACUUCACUUCCAGGCUUUUGGCUUGGAGUUUCAAAAGCAGGCAAUGUUGGUAUUUUCCUUCCCGAACAUACAAUUGCAUUUUUGGGUGCACAAAAUCCAAAUAGUAAUUAUUCAGAUAAUAUUAUUACAUCUCCAGAAUUUGAAAGAAAAAGUUUACAUUCUGUAAUUGAAAUAGAAGAAAAUAAAAAAGAUAAAAAUAAAAAAGAGAAGAAAAAGAAAAAUGAAAAAGAAAAUUUUAAAAUGAUGAUUAGUGAACCAAAAGGAGAUUUGAGACAUACUUGCCAUAUAAACAAGACAGAUUUGGCAAUAUCUUCAACAAUUUCUCCAAGUCUUCGUUCAAUUUCACCAAUAAGUACUUCAAGUACUUUCUCUUUAGCUCCUCCAAGACCUCCAAAAAAUCCAAAUAUUCAUUCAGAAAUGUCAAAAAGUAUUUUAAGUAAUGAAGAACAACAACCACCAGAAUUACCUCCAAAACCGCCAAGAUUUAGAGAAAAAUUUUGUAAGGAAAAUAAUAAUUCAAAAGAAUAUUUAAUGCCAAAAAUUGUUUCUGAUAAUACUCCAACAUUAAAUUAUAAAAAUAAUUUAGCUUCUAAUAAUUUUCCUUUAAAUGAAAAUGAAAAACAACAAGAAUACUUAAUUGUUUCUAAUAAUAAAAAUGAAGAAGAAGAGGAUGAAUUUGAAGAAUAUUUACGUCCACCAAGUAUUUGUAUUGAACAAAUUAAUAAAAAUAAUAAUUUACAAAAAAUAAUAAAAGAAGUAAAAUCUAAUGAAAAUAUUGAUCUAGAAGAUGUUGAUAAUUGUUCUAAUUCAACAACGUUGUGGGAUUGCUCAGAAACUAAAGAAUUAUUAAGUGAAGAGAAAAAUAAUAAUAGGUACUUUUCGGGUUUGAAACCUCCACAUAAAUUUUGCUACAUAAGUAUAUCAGAGGAUGGACGGGUUACCCGAAACCCGAACUGUCCAUGA